CUCUCCCACCCGCUCACUCAACGAUCAUUCCGCCACGCGAGCUCACUCAGACCAGGUCAACCAAGUCACUGAGUGCCGAGGACACCACGCAUAUAAGAUUGACUGCUACUCAACAAAGACCAGCAACAGACGAUCAUAACAAUGCUCCCGCCGCCGAAGAAAAACCUUGUUUUCGUCGCCACGCUUGUGUGCACCACCAUGAUACUCGGCUGUGUGGCUCACAAUGAAUGUACCAGCAACCCUUGUGUGAACGGAGCCACCUGUCUGGAUGAUCCUUAUGGUUAUUUUACGUGUGAAUGCACCCAUGGUUACCACGGUACACAUUGUGAGGAACCUUUAUCGGAAGACCUUGAUGAGCUGUGCUACUUCUCCAUCUCUGAUCCAGUCACCAUGGUAACGAGCCCUGGCUUCCCCCUGGUAUCCAAUCACAAUGUCGUCUGCUAUUACAUCGUCAGGAUUCAUGGAGCAAAGCAUAUCAGGGUCACAUUCAACGCUCUCAAUACAGAAUGGCUUAAAGAUACAAUCCAGUUGGGUUCGGGUAACAAUGCGAGUAUUGAGACGACUUCGCACAUCAGAAUGGGACAAUUGGGCGAGGACUUACCAAAGGACAUCAUCUUCAAUACAUCCUCUAUCUUCAUGAUCUAUGUUACUGAUCAUAACAUCAUAUCACAGGGCUUCAAUGUGACCAUUACUGCAGACUUUGAUGACUGUACAUCUUCUCCAUGCCAAAAUGACGGUGUUUGUAUGGAUGAGUUUGGAGGGUUCGACUGCGCAUGUCCGCCUGCAACUACAGGAACACUCUGUGAAACAGACGUCAUUUCAAUCUCCUCGGCAACUCCUCUCCUCGCUAGUGAUGACGUAACAAUAAGUUCAUCCACACAAACGUUAAAUCUGACGUUCGACUUCGAGCUCACACCAUCUCCGCACUCGGCCAACCCCCAUCUCGCAAUCCAAUCCACCUCGACCACCCCAACGUGGGCCGUGACGGCCUUCUUCAGCCGAGACGACAAGGGCGACGCAGACAGGCUUGGCGAGAUCCUCGUCCCACUCAGGAAAGAACAGUCUGAUUUCUCUUUAGACAAUCACAUGACUUUUCGGAAUGUAGACAUCGUUAACAUGAGAAUACCUGCCUCAAUCACCUGUAGUGACGUUGCAUAUUUCUGUGCCGUAUUUAAUCCAAACAAUGACGAGCUGCCUUCGUCAUCAUCGUCCUCAUCAACCCAGUCAUCUACGGCGUCGUCGUCGUCGUCGUCGUCGUCGUCGUCACAAAGCCCCGAGUAUGUGAUACGCGGGGAUCCUGAUUCGUCAGCUUUUGUCGGCUGCGCUACAAUCUCAUGCAUAGAGAAUCUUCCGUGCGAAGAUACGGAUUGUAAAGAUGAUUGCAAAGGAACAGAGAGAUGUAAUCACGAAGAAGGAUUCUCAGACGACACUCCUUCUGAUGAAGCUGGGCAGGCUGAUCAGGUUGGGUUGAAUGGAAGCAGCUCCUGGUAUCUCUCACAUAACAACAUCAUUCUCCUGGUCGUUAUCGGAAUCGUUUGCACAGCUCUCAUCAUCAUCGUCAUACUGGUUCUCGUCAAAGGCCGUGAUAAAAUAAAACUGAUGUUCAUCCAUACACCAGCGUCAGCUGUAACUGCACCGGUUAUUAGAUGGAUACCCCCUCCAACAAACUCCAAUCUACCACAGACCACAGGCGAACGAGGUGCUGGAGUGCAAGGGACCUCAGAGAGUUAUUUUGGGAUCGUCAAUGAAGCAGCAAGCUGUCAGGUCGAGACAGAUCCUGCUCCUCCUUACAGCGAGAUGGUACCAGACAAGAAAUAAUUAUUAUUAUAGGCACCUCUCCUUCUCCUCCUUCUUCUUCUCUUUCUUCUACCUCUUCUUUUU